ACCUAUGUUAUUUGGUCUGAUAUACCACGGCUUUCAGCCAAUCAGAAUUCAGGGCUCGAACAACCCAGUAUAUAAAGUCAUACAAAUGUGUUGUUUUACAGGGUCAGCCAUAGUAGUAAGCUGCCCAAGGAGCAAAUUACAGUUAAGUGCCUUGCUCAAGGGCACGUCGACAGAUGUCACGUGGUUUAUUCAAACCAGGGACUUUUUGGCGAAUAGCCCAAAGCUUUAACUGCUAUGCUACCUGCCGCCCACUGACCUGAAAAACAGGUGAUAAGAGCAAUUUAGAAUUCGCUCCACCAGGUGCUUUGUGUAGGGCAGGCUACCGCCUCACUGAGGGAUUUCAGACAAAACAGACCUUGAACGCGGGUAUUUACACUCUAUGACUCCCAGGUAAACAGUCUGUUUCAAUAUCUUGAGAGUUCUCCGUUUGAUUUUGUUUCCAACUAAUACAUUACCCCACUGCUGCAAAGGAGAGCGAGAUGCGUGGGCGAUAUAAAAGUAAGGAGAACGCGGGCAGUGAAUGCAUCCAUGCUUUUGAGGCAAAACGGGGCAUUGGAAACGGGCUGUUUAGGAGUUACGACUCAGAACCUGCCAGCUACUCGGAGGGGCCAAAUUCCUCAAAUGGAGGUAUCCUGACAAGUUUGGACGACGGGAAUGGGCCUUCGACAAUGAACUCGUCUUUGACAGGUCCAAAAUGCUCCAACUAUGACGGUGAGAAAAGGUACCUGGGAGUCAGGGUCAAAAUGCCUGUGAGAGACAUGCUUAAUAAGAUUCGCAUAGCGAAGGGAAUGGACCCAAAAAAUAUCCAGGGUAACUGCGGCAAGGCAUUGAAAGGAGAGAAGAAACGGGUGAAUACCAAUAGAGAUGGCAGAAGUAGCAAGAGAAAACAACCUACAAAGAGCCUGGAGGAACUCGCCAUAAUAGUGGAGGUGUUGGAGGAGGAUCUCAAAGCCAGCAAACCAUACAGCCAGUCUAACACGUCUGAGUCACCUGAUUACAGCCCAGAGCCCAACGUGCAACCAUGGAAUAGUGCAGAGCAACUCCAGCAUAGUCACUCAAUGAAGUUCAGUCAGGAAAACAAGAUGCCACAACAAGCUACAAACUACUGUAUGUCAGAGCUAAAGCUAUCCCGCUCUGCACACAAUCACAACACUAGUGUUCCUCCGUUGAACUCCCAAGGACGGUGUAUCAACGACGAAUCCGACAAUAUGAUGCCCAGUCCAGAUUCAUAUAUGACUUACUCCCCCAGCAACACCAGUGAAUGUCAAGUGCCAUCUCCCCAAUAUUCGGGCUUUGCUAGCCCCCUGUCCUCCAGCUAUGAGUUAGGUCAGGAUGGAGGUAGUGACUACCAGGAUAGCUUUAGCCCCCAGUGCCAGGAUAGCUUUAGCCCCCAGUGCCAGGAUAGCUUUAGCCCCCAGUGCCAGGAUAGCUUUAGCUCAUAUUGGCUCAGCUACAUGGGCCAGAAUUGGAACAGCACAGCAUACUUCUGGAACCAGCUCCAGAGGGAGGAGAGCUUACUGGCGGUGGUCUCUGACACAGAGGUUCUGGCCACAGACGGGAACGGAAGGACAGCUCUGCACAGAGUUGUGGGUCAAGGCAAGAGGGCCCUGGGAUAUGUGAUUGCCAAAAGAAUGGCAGCUCUGAAUAGGCUGGAUGUCAAAGACUCGGAGGGAAAGACUGCACUUCACCUGGCUGCCCAAAAGAACCAACACCUGAUGGUGGCUGAUCUGAUUCACCUUGGUGCCAGUGUGAACGAGAAGGACAGGAGUGGAAAGACAUGCCUGCACCUCAGUGUCGAGAAUGGAUACAUUCGAGUUCUGGAGGUUCUGAAAAAUAUGAUGAAAGAAGGGAUUUAUGUAGAUGUCGAAGCUACAGAUAAUUAUGGACUCAGUGUGUUUCAGUGUGCAGUUGUGGCUCUGAAAGUCACUGUGCGAGAGCUGGAGAGAAGUGUGGCACCUAGUCAGAUGAGACUCCACACACUGCGCAAGGAGCAGAUGAUGGAGACACUGGGGUGUCUGCUGCAAAUGGGAAGCUACCAUCACACUCUGGGGAACUACGUGACUUAGAUGGUGUCCAUCCACAGCUGUUCCUUAUGACAUUAUGUGUGCAUCUGCCAAGCAAGGCAUGCCAGAGAACUGACAGUUAAUGUUUCUGAGUUGUUACAAGCUUGAACUUGUCUUGGAGAAAGGCCAAUGUGGUUUAGAAAGCCUUUAAUGAACUAUCUCUUUGUUACGUGGCUUUAAAGUGAGAGGCUUUCUUCAAGGCAAGGUACAAGUCUUAUGUAAAGCAUCCAAGGUUUUAUGUAAGCUGAAACACAAUUGUAAAUGGAGUGUUUUUAUGGCUUGCGUUAAGACCUUGGUUGCACAUUGGCUGGUUUCUGUGAAACUUCCACUGUUUGUUACAUUAAAGUAGCAAAAUGUUAAUGCAAGUUAAGCUCAAUUGUAUUUGGUGAAUGUGUUAUUGGUGUUGUAUGUAAUACAACAAGGGAGUCAAAUUCUUUCAUACUCACAUCUUGGAGGGAAAGUGAUAAUGUUCAAAGCAGCUAGUUUGGCCGGAAAGUAGACACCAAGUUGCCAACAUGUUGUUACACGGUUGAAAAGUUUAUUAUACGUCUGUAUGGGUGUGUGCAUCUGUGUGUGUGUGUGUGUGUGUGUGUAUUUUUAUUCUGUAAUGAAUCCCGGGGUUAUCAACAAUAUUCUUAUGUGUAUAGGCCUAUAUGUUGAAUGUAUGUAAAAGGUGAAAUCCAAGUUGGUCUCAGCCGAUGGAGAGGGUCAUUGCAAGUGCAAAACAAAAGAAGUAGGGGAACAGGCACAUUCAUUGGCUUAAAUCCAACCACAUUGUACUUUGUGACAUUUCCACAGGAUACAAAGAAUUUGUAAUUUUACUGCUUUGUUAUACAUUUUUGUCUGGUGUCGCGUUAUAUUACCAAGAUGGUCAUCUUGUACCAGACACAUUCAAGGCUUGUGAUAAUGUGUGUGGUUACAGGUUUUUGAAAUUGUAGUGAAGUGUCAUUUACAAGAAAUAUAAAUAUAUAUAUAUAUAUAUAUAUCUUAAAGACAUUCACAAAAUAUAAUUUACUAUGAAGCAAAAAGGUUGCUCUUUAUUUUACACAGUAUGUAGGCAUUGCUCUUUUUGUAUUGAUGACAGUACAUUCAGAGGGCGGUCAGGUGAACUGGUCCACUAGUACAACCAUGAAUCUCUGGUAGCGCUUGGGUGUCAACCCUGAAUUCUUUGACUAAAUCCUUUGGCAUUUUAUAAUCCCAUUAAUAUGCUGGCUGUGUAUCAAAUACUUUCGAUACGAUAGCAUUUUAUUAGUCCCUGAAAGGACCUAAUUUCUUCACUUAAAAAUAUUUGGUGGUUUGCAUGGUGUUGUUUUUGUAAGUAAUGGUUGUGAUGUAGCUGGCUUCAUUUCAGCUCCAACUAUUUAAAGCAGUUUUUAUGUGCACUUUUUUUCUUAUAGUUGUAAUGGUAUAGUUGUUAGUCAUUUUUAUUACACAUAUAGUAGUAUGUAGUUGUAGUGGUGUAGUAAUUGUAUUUGACAUGCGUUUUUGUUCAAGUUUUAUGGUAGGACUAGUAGUAAUUGUUGUGUUGUGUGGCUGCAGUAGCAAUGUAGCUGUGGCUGCAACAGCAAUCAUAGGAGUUGUGGUAGAAGUAGUGAAAGAUGUGGCGCAAAGAGAGUAGGAGCAGUACUGGCUGGUACUUUUAGUAGGAGUUGUAUGGCCUUGAUUCACAGAACUCAUAUGAAGUUCAUGAAAACCCUUAAUUUUUUUAUAUUAUGGUUUUGUUAUUGUUUCGUACAUGUAGCGCUUUAACAGGGGCUGAAUUGGGACUAUGUAGGUGGUGGAAAUUUCCCUGAUUUCUGUGGAAUAUAUUCAAUUUCGACUCUAUCCUGUCUACUAACAUUUGGUGAUAGAGCUCAACAAUCUCCAAUUCAACCCCUGGCAUGAAUAUACAGAUGUAGGAUCUUAAUUUGACCCAGUUUGCUACAGAAGGAAAAUAGCCCUGCAUCAACAGGAAAUGGGAAUUAUGAUGUGGAUUAUAAUUAAUGGAAAUGUAUGAAGGGAUACAUUAUUUAUAAGGAAAAAUGUCAAAGUAUAAAGAACAAACUUCAGAAUCCUUUUUAAACCUAAAUAAACGACACAAUUUACUGUUCCUGUUCCUGUUCUGCACAGAACAAAUGACGAUCCUACACCUGUAAAGUAACUAUUUUAUCCCACUAUAAAUGGAAUAUUAUCUGUAAUCUGGUGUUUGGUAUGUAAUGUUUUAUAUAUAUUUGUAUACAUUGAUCAAUAUAAUGGAAACAUGUUUUUUUUGAAUGAGAUAUAUGCACAACUCAGAUCUUUGGAAUUGAUUGGAGAUUUUCAAACUGAAUUAAUCAAGAUUAACACACAGAUCUCGGGUUAGAAUUCAGCUAACCUCGUCCCCAGGCUCCGGGUCAACAGAGAGAGCGGGCUGGUGAUGAGAAUAGGAUUCAGUAACAAUAGUCAGGCUAAAAUAGCCAUCCAUGUUCAUUAUUUCUGUAUUUGUGUGCAGUUCUAAUUUAGACUGGUUGUCUUGAGGCUUUGUUGAUCAACGAAUAAGCUGGAAACUGAUAGGAAUGCAAGCAGCUAUACAUUUGUUUUCAUCUUGCUGGAGGAGGGUUGUUGAACAAAUGAUAGGCUGUCACUCACAUCUUUGGGUUUAGUGAUGCCUGAGUGUAUAAGAUGUUUCUGGUGGUGCACUGCUCCUGAAUGUCAACAUAGCUUGUGCACUGCCCCUUUAUUAAGUUGAUUCAUGUAUACCACUUUCCCAUGACCUUUAUUAAAGAUUAAAAGGAAUUUUACCUGAG